AUGGAUGACAAAACUAAAAUAGAAUAUGUUAUUUUGGUUAUAUUUCCCCAUCACUUCGGCCUUUACAACUCCAUUAUAGAUUUUCACACUAAUCAGCACCAUGGUAUACCUCAAACACAUUGCUACCCAGGCUUAAAAGUACCGACAGUGUUAGAAAGAAUCGAUACAAGCAGUCCAAGCUCUCCUAAAGGGAAAUCCAGCGAAGAGGUCUGGCUGUCGGGGGAGCUGGCGAGGGACGCGAAGUCGGAGUUGGUGGCCAAAACGCCCGCGCUCGCGGUGAGCGGCGCCGUGUUCCUGCUGGCGGUGCUGGGCUUCCUGGUGUUCGGCUUCCUGUGGCCGCGGCGGCGGCGGCGGCGGCAGCGCGAGGGGGGCGGCGAGGGGGCGGGCCCGGCGGCCGGUGCGGGCGGCGGCGGGCGGGCGGUGGAGCGCGGCGACAUCGAGGCCGGGCCGUACGCCUGGCCCAAGAGCGAGCGAGUCUACUUCAUCCCCGACGCCCCCGCCGCCGCGGACGACGCGCGUUUCUUCGCCCGCCAGGGCAGGCCCUCGAAGAAGAAGCCGCCGCUGGCCGAGAGCGACCCGGCGCCGGUGCACGGGCGCACGACGCUGCCGCGGGCGGCGGAGAUGGGCGGCGCCGGCGACGCCGCCUGCAUCGGUCGCAAGGCGGAAGAAGACGUGCGCGAGCAGGCAGCGCGCUACGGGAAGACGAGCGACACGGGCGCCGUUGGGCGGAAAACGAUCUACUAUCAAAUUAAUUACGAGCGUCGCGCGGUAAAAUGCACUAAAAUGUCCCAGUCGGCGGGUGAUGGACGCGACGGUGAAACGUUGUUAACGAACGAAGAAAUUCUUCGGACGCCUCUUGUUCAAAAGACGACCGUGAAAAAGGUCCGGUUUGAUUUGAAUGAAGAGCCCAGAAAGUCUACGAGACUUUGUCAGGGAUUGGCGACCAAGUGGUGCUUUUCGACUGAAGAUGAAGGGCGAUCUUUUGAAGCGAGGGACAUACGUAACAAGAAAACGGAUAUCACUGCGAGAACAUCGCUUGCAUCAGCCAGUCAAAAAGAUUCUGUUUUGAACGAGAAGAUGAAUAAGACAAUUCAUGCCGAUAAAGACGUGGGUUCCGUUUCAGAAGACGCCCAUGAGAUUGUUGGAAAUUCGCUUUGCAAAUUUCCUGAUUACAUCUUCGUGAAAAAAUCAACUUCUGAAUUAUCUGUGAAGAACUCUCCGGUAACUAGUAGAAAGGAAAUAGGUGUUGUAAACUGCCUAGUGAGGCAAAAGAGCAUUGUUAAAUUGCAAAAAAAUCAUGCUUCUGAAAUCCCUAAAACUGCGAAGAAAAUUCUUCGAAACAGAGACGAAAGUUGCUUGAUGAAGGACGCCGAGGAAUUUAACGCAUUAUUCGUAGCGCUUUUGCAAAUGCGACUGUCGGGUGCCAAACGUGAAGUUUUUGCGAACAGAAUGCGCUGUGUUGAGGGAUCAACUGAAGGGGUUGGAAACGAGAAAAUCAAUCCCGUGAGGCAAAUGGUACCUUACGUACGUAAUGAAAUUCGGGAGACUCUGAUUUCAUUGUACCAACGCUGCGCACCAAAAAAGUCUGAGGCCAGGAGAGAUACAGUUAGGAAACUAAACUCGCAAGCACAAAAGUCAAACAAGAACAAAAGUCUGAAAAAGCGAGAGAUGAGUGUCCAAGUCGUUGCAGAGGAAAGAGUAGGUAAGGCAAUGAUAGACACUGUUGGGCUUUCGUUAAAAAACCUUCGCGACGGGCAGAAAAUUAGUGACUUGGCGUCCCAACUGGAUCCGAAGCAUUUUGAGUUGAUCGUUUUGGGAUUGGAUAUAUUUCAGCUCACGCUCGGCAUGUUCUGCCGGCUGUUCUUUGUCGGAGCAACAGUUGAGGAAGUGGAUGCCUACACAGAAAUUCGCGAAAAAGUAGAGAAACGGAUUUUGACGUUGUUGGAACUGAGCGAAGAUAAAAUGAUAGAAGACGCACCCGAUAGAAAGAAUAAUCUCACGAAGGAGCAGAUUAUCUUCGUGCUGUUCGUCCAUUUGGCCUUCAUCGAGCAUGAUUUAUCGUCGUACAAGUUUCUGCUCGGGGGCAUUAUUGGGUGUCUGGAAUACUCCUUUGUGUAUUCAGUCUCUCUCUUCGAAAAGGAGGAAUUAGCCCAAAGUAAGUAA